AUGGGUAGUUUGGUGGUGGUCACCAGCCUGAAGAUGCCGGGGAUAAAGAUUGAUCCACCUUCCCCAGAACAACAUCUUCAUUUGACAACACCUCUAAAUACCCUACAUCCUGCAAUCUCGAGCGAAGAGGAUAAGAUCAUCAUGAGUAAUCAAGCAACAGAAGAUCGGGUUUUAUUGUCAUGUCCAUUCUGUGAAUUUGAGGAUUACGACUCGGAAUUUCUCAAUCAGCACGUGGCUUAUUGUCAUCCCGAAGACCCAAACACCUUAUCCCAGUCCUCACAUACACGUCGGAACUGGACGACACCGCAGGAAGAUUUGCAAGCAACACAGACAAGCGAACCUUUGGUCGUUGUAGAUAACACCGAUGAUCUCUAUAUCCCUUGCCCUCACGGCUGUGGCGAGGAUGUCGCCAAGACUGAAUUACAGCUGCAUCUGGAUUUGCAUGUGGCAGAGUCAGUAGCCCUAGAUGAAACUGGCGAUCUUCAUCUACAGUCUGUGGAUUAUGAAAGUCAAAAUGCGGCAAGACUGAAAGUGGUUGACGAUACACACGAUGAUUUUGAUGAUGAUAAUGACGAUUCAGACCUACAUCAAGCCGAUGUGGUUGGACAUGGAAAAGAUAUCGUUCUCAAAGGAAAGAGCACAGAUAAUCGCCGGAGACAAAAGAAGGAUGUAUCAAAAUCAAGUCAACAUGGGCACAAGGGCGUCAGAAGAUUAGGGCGGAAAGAACUGGGCCCCUACGCCCACGAAAAACAAAUGCCUUCAUGGCUACAAAAGCUCCUGCUCUCUGGACACAUAGAAAACACACAAACGAGGAUCGGUCCCAAUGGUUCGCUCAUCAAGGAGAAAGAUCUUGCUGAAAACGAGACCUCGAAAGUCAUCCCAACGCUUAUUGAGUUGUGUCGACAUGAUGUCAGUAUCCAGAGGGCUUUUUUCUGUAGUCCCCGAGUUCGACAUAUCUUCAAGUUCAUGAGAGAAGGCGGAUUCUGCGGAUACAGGAAUAUACAGAUGCUGAUUUCGCAUAUUAUCGAUGCUCGUAUACCAGGUUAUGAGCUCUUUUCUGGGCGGAUACCCUCGAUACUGGAGUUGCAGGAUAUGAUUGAGCAAGCAUGGGAUAUGGGAUUCAAUAGUAGUGGACGUAUCGAGACUGGUGGUAUCAAAGGAACCAGAAAGUACAUUGGUACUCCAGAGGCUCAGGCUCUUUUUCAAAGUCUUGGAAUUAAAUGCAUCCCUGGUGCUUUCGCUUCUGCCCCUGGAUAUCGAGCUCACGAUAUGUUGCUGCAAGAUAUAGCAAACUACUUUCGAUCCGGCUGUCCGCCAGCACUCCUGGACAGCAACGAAAAGAUCUUGGAGACUAAUCUCCCGCCCAUAUACCUACAACAUCAAGGUCAUUCUUUGACCAUCAUCGGCUUUGAAAUCAACACUGCCGGAAGUGCCAAUCUGCUAAUUUUUGACCCAAUGUUCAGGACGUCACCGGCAGUUCAGCGUUUGAUUGGCAAGUUUGUGAGACCAUCAGAUACAUCUCGAAUAUUGAAAGCUUGGAGGAGGGGGCCACCGUAUUUGCAGAAGUACAAGGAGUUUGAGAUAUUGAAACUGGUUCCUGAGUGA